AUGUACAAAAGGGGAAAGAGUGGGAGUGAAAAACGUAAGAGGCAAAGAGAAAAACAAUGUUCCAGGGAGUUGAUGAUGGCAAAAAUACCCAAAUUACAAGACUUAUUUAAACCGAAAAAUGAAAAAUCCGAUGAUAUGAACCAAACUGAAAGUUUUUUCUGUACUUCGAGCGGUAUUUCCACUCAAGAAAUAAAUGACGUUAUCGUCAGUGACGUGCGAGAGCAGGAAAAAGAUGACACGUUGCCAGCCACAAGCAUGCAAUUGGACAAGAACGAAUCGAAUUCCAAUGAGGAAUCUUUGAAAUCGGAAACAGAGGUAUGUAAUAUAGACAGAAACGAUCCAGCAACUUGGAUAAUCAAUGAGUCGACAGUUGAAUAUAUUUGCAUGAACGGAUAUGAUCAAAACAUUGAAGGUGAUUUUUCAAAAUCUUCAGAAAUUUAUUCAACAUCAUACAACGAAAAUGUGAAGAGAUCAUGUUCGAAGAACAUAUUUCUUAGACGAAAAUUGAAUGGAGAGAGAGUUACCCGAAAAUGGCUAGUAUAUUCUCCAUCUACAGGCAAGCUAUUUUGUGUCCCAUGCAAAUUGUUUUCAAAUUAUUCAUCAAAUGAAAGUAAAUUCGCAAAGGAUGGGUUUUGUGAUUGGAAAAAUGUGACAACACGUGUUUCUGAACAUGAGAACACUUCUCAACAUCGAACAUCAUGCUUCAAAUUGAGUGCACGUGGUAAAUCUAGUCAAAGGAUCGACCAUCAUAUUUGCGAACAAAUCGAGGAAGAAAAAAAAUAUUGGCGGGAGGUUUUGAAAAGGGUAGUGGCCACUGUCCAAAUGCUGACUGCUCGCGGCUUGGCUUUCAAAGGUACCAAUCAGAGUUUGGGGUCACCAGAAAACGGUAAUUUCUUGGGAUGCAUUGAACUGAUUGCCCAAUUCGAUCCCUUUUUAGCGAGUCAUUUAUCAGAAUAUGGCAAUAGGGGUAAAGGAAAUGUAUCAUAUCUAUCGGCAAACAUUUGCGAUGAAUUCAUUCAACUCAUGGCAGAUGAAGUUAUGAAUGUCAUUAUCGGGGAAAUAAAAAUGGCCAAAUAUUUUUCUAUCAGCGUUGACUCAACUCCAGAUAUCUCCCACUUCGAUCAAUUGACUUUCAUCAUAAGAUAUGUUCAAUUAAAUGGAAUACCAACAGAAAGGUUCAUUUGUUUCAUACAGAAUGUUGGUCAUAAAUCAGAAUCCAUAACCGAUUGUAUUUUAUCGUUCCUUGCCGAAAAAAAUAUAAACAUAAAGUUCUGCCGUGGCCAAAGUUACGACAACGCAAGUAAUAUGUCCGGCGUUUAUACUGGAGUACAAGCCCGUAUAAAAGAAGUUAAUCCAUUGGCUCAAUAUGUUCCGUGUUCCGCACAUUCCUUGAACUUAGUUGGUACAUGCGCUGCUGAAUCUUGUCCAGAGGCAGUGAACUAUUUCAGUUUACUUCAAGAACUAUACAAUUUUUUCAGUGCAUCAACCCAUAGAUGGGAAAUAUUAGAUGAACAUUUGAAACAAAAUUGUAGAUCAACUUCUCUGAAAAAUCUCUCAAAAACCCGCUGGUCAGCUCGUGCUGAUGCCUGUCGAUCUCUAGCUAUAUCAUAUAGAGAGAUUUAUAAUGCAUUGAAUACCAUAGGCAAUGAUGUGAAAGAAAAAUCUAUGGCACGUGUUGAAGCAAAUAACUUGGCUAAAAAAUUAGACCGAUUGGAAACUGCUUUGAUGACUACCAUUUGGAGUAAUAUUUUGAAAAGAUUCGACCAAACAAACAAGAAACUGCAAAGUUCUGACAUUGAUAUAGAUAACGUUGUUCAUUUAUAUAAUUCACUGAGCAACUACAUAUUGUCGAUGCGCGAUGAUUUUCGAAUUUAUGAAGAAGCAGCAAAAGAUAUAUCCACUACCACUGAAACGAGAUAUGAGAAGGACUUCAAACGGAAAAAAGUGAUGAAUAAAAAGAACGAAGACAGAACGUCUUCAGAAGAUGCCGCUCUAGCCAUGGAUGGAAGCCAGUAUUUUAAAACAAAUACUUUCUAUGUUAUAGUUGAUACUUUGUGGGCAGAACUAGAACGAAGGGGAGCUGCAUAUAGAAAUCUAGACAAGAAAUUCAGUUUUUUAACUAAAUUAGAUUUGAAUACUGAAUUGAUUAGAACAUGUGCAAAGACAUUGAUAAAUAUAUAUAACGAAGACUUGGAGCCCGAAUUUGAAGAAGAAUGUAUACAUUUAAAAGAAUAUUUGAAUACCUUGGAAAAAGUAUCACUGACCUUCAGAAAUCUCUGGGAUUUAUUGAAAGACUCUGACAUAAGACAGGGUGAUCCGGAUAUACAAACAUCAUCAGUUGCUUCACCUAUUUUCAAAGUAAUACCGAAGAUAACAGUACAUAAUGUUACGAUUCUUAAACCAUCAAUUGAAGCACAACCAAGCAAUAAUGGAGGUGUAGAGAUUCAUCAAUUGCAGGGUGAACAUUUAAAAACACCAUCAAUUGAUGCUCAAACCAGCAAAGGAGAUUUGGAAACAUCUCCAUUGGAUAGUCGAAAUGUAUUCGAUAUGACUAACAGUGAGAUCGAACAGUUAGCCACGUUUAUGGGACAUACAGUAGAUGUGCAUAGUAAGGUAUAUAGAUUACCAGAUGAUGUCUACCAAACAGCAAAGAUUGCUAAACUAUUGAUGUUGAUGGAGAGAGGGGAUGCUGGAAAGUAUAAAGGGAAAUCAUUGGAAGACAUAGACAUAAAUAUGGAUGAAGAAAUAGGAUUACAAGAGGACAUGUCAGCUAACAACUGUCUCGAUGGUUCAGAUGACGAGGUGGAUUUGUCACAUGAAAUUGCGGAUAGUGAAGUAUUCCAUGACGAACCGUUAUUGCCAAAGCCAUCAACACCAUCAAAAUAUAAACCGAAACGGGUGCUUGUUCCGUGGACAACACAGCAGAAAAAAAUCGUGUUAGAUUUUUUCAAAAAUCAUAUCAAACAUAAUCGACCACCGAAGAGGAACGAGUGUGAGGAGUUGCUAACAAAAUAUCCUGAUCUACUGAGUAAUAAAUCAUGGACAAAGAUAAAAGUGUUUGUCCAAAAUGUAUACACUAAAAAGUCCCAAUACUAG